ACCCCCAAGUGACUUACUGAUCCAAUGAUGAUGGGUUGUGUUCGUCUCAAAUCUUCCCAUUGUUGUCCCCACUACUGAGCCCCCCCCCCCCCCCCAUCUCCAUUCUAGCUUCCUUUGAGCUUCUUCCCCUUCUCUGUCUCUGUCUGUGUCUUGUCUUUGGAAUUGAAUGCACAUGCGCCGGGUUGAGGGGAAAGCCCAUUUGCUCUUUUUCAGGUCCGGAAUUGUCGUGCUUCGUGAGCUUUUCUGUCUCUGCUCUGGGGUGUUGGUUGUGAGAACUUCUUGAAGAUAUGAGAAGUGGGAUCGGUACUCUUUCUUGAGCUUCAAGGGGGGUUUCAGCCAUUUAAGAGUCAAGCUUCUCGUCCUAAUGGAGAAAUUUUUGUGACCUGUAAUGGAUCCUCAAGCUUUCAUCAGGUUAUCAAUUGGCUCACUGGGGUUGAGGAUCCCCGGAUCAACUCUAAACUCUGUCAAAUCUGGGAUCCAGCCAUUCUCUUCUUCAUGUCUGUGCGAGAUUCGCCUCCGAGGUUUCCCCGCGCAGACGCUAACUAUCCCCCUGGUGUCCUCCCCUGAAGCUACCCCCGAUUAUCAGAGCAUUGCUUCGAGCUUUUAUCUCGAAGAAUCUGAUCUGAAAGCCUUAACUGCACCCGGCUGUUUCUAUAGCUCUCAGGCACAUCUCGAGAUUUCCGUAUUCACGGGAAGGAAGGGAUCCCACUGUGGCGUUGGAAACAAAAGACAGCAACUAGGGACGUUUAAGUUGGAGGUGAGUCCUGAGUGGGGCGAAGGAAAACCCGUGAUACUUUUCAAUGGGUGGAUAGGUAUCGGCAAGAGUAAGCUGGAUAGCGGAAAACCUGGAGCGGAACUUCACUUGAAAGUGAAGCUAGAUCCCGAUCCUAGAUACGUCUUCCAGUUUGAGGACGUGACCAGAUUGAGCCCUCAAAUAGUUCAGCUUCAAGGAUCCAUCAAACAACCUAUUUUUAGUUGCGAGUUCAGCCAAGACAGGGUCCCCCAGGUUGACCCGUUGAGCUCUUACUGGUCAGCCGUCGACGGUUCUGAUCAAGAGCCCGAAAGAAGAGAGAGAAAGGGAUGGAAGGUGAAGAUACACGAUUUGUCCGGCUCAGCUGUGGCUGCAGCCUUCAUAACUACUCCUUUUGUGCCCUCAUCAGGUUGUGACUGGGUAGCGAAAUCUAACCCAGGGGCUUGGCUGAUCGUCCGGCCUGAUCUCUGUAGGCCCGAGAGCUGGCAGCCCUGGGGAAAGCUAGAAGCAUGGCGCGAACGUGGCAUGAGAGACUCUAUUUGCUGCCGGUUCCGACUCCUCUCAGAAGGGCAAGAAGGAGCAGAAUUUCUUGUGUCUGAGAUCAACAUAAAUGCCGAAAAGGGCGGGGAGUUUUUCAUAGACACAGAUAGGCAGAUGAGAGCAUCUGGGCCGACCCCAAUACCGAGCCCGAGAAGCAGUGGUGACUUCGGGGGACUGAGCCCCGUCGUUGGGGGGUUCGUUAUGAGUUGUAAAGUUCGAGGGGAAGGAAAGAACAGCAAGCCGUUGGUGCAAUUGGCAAUGCGGCACGUGACGUGUGUGGAAGAUGCAGCCAUUUUCAUGGCGCUCGCGGCAGCUGUCGAUCUUAGCAUUGAAGCUUGCAGGCCUUUCCGGAGGAAGAUCAGGAGAGGGUCUCCGACACGGCAUUCGUGGUAGGGGGAGAACAGGGCUUUGACUGAUGAAACAUUGACUGGCUUCGGUUUUUCUUUUGCUGUGUCUUGUGACUAGUUAACAGUUGUCCUGAUGAUGAUGUACAUAAUAAUUUCUUGCUUUUCGAAACUUGAAUACGAGUCGCUUAUAGUGUUUCAUGGGGCCGAACGGAACUAUCGCUGCCAACAAAGCCAGUGGCAAAUGUGAACUAAUGGGAUUUCAGCAAUGUCACUCUGUGUAUU